AUGGAUAAUUUAAACGUUGGAAUUGUCGGGCUCGGUUGGGUAGCCGGUGCCCACAUCGAAGCCCUCAAAGCCGUUACAGGUUCAGAUGUCACCGCCAUCUGUUCACGUCGAGAACACAAUGAAUCAGUAUUGGCAGAGACAUACGGGACACCCCUCAAAGCUUAUACCGAUUUUGACAAAAUGCUUGCGGAUCCGGAUGUCCACAUCAUCGAUAUUUGUACGCCACAUCCGUUUCAUGCCGAACAAGCCAUUGCCGCUGCUCAGGCGGGAAAACACCUCAUCAUAGAAAAACCGAUCUGCCUCACAUACGAAGAUGCGAAAGCUAUCCGUGAUGCUGUCAAAAGUACAGGUGUCAACGUGUGUGUCUGCUUUGAGUGUAGAUACAGCGCGCAUUUUACGAUGAUCCGCUCUGUAAUCGACAACGGAUUGCUCGGUGAACUCCACUACGCCGAAGUCGACUAUUACCACGGCAUCGGACCUUGGUACGGACAAUACGAAUGGAACAUCAAAAAGGACUUUGGCGGUAGCACCCUACUUACUGCCGGAUGUCAUGCGCUCGAUGCCCUCCUCUUUUUUAUGGAUGGGAACGUUGAAGAGGUAACAAGUUACCACACGCAAUCCACAGGCGCAUAUUUUCAACCCUACGAAUAUAAGACAACGAGCGUCAGUCUCCUUAAGUUUGAAGGUGGUGGAAAAAUUGGCAAAGUCACCUCUUGUGUCGAUUGCUUACAGCCUUACUAUUUCCAUAUCCACCUCGUCGGAAGCGAGGGAAGUCUACUCGACAACCGCAUCUAUUCCGCGAAACUUCAAGGUAUGGAUAAGAGCAGAUGGAGUACGCUUGAGACCUCGCUCAUUGACUCUGGUGAUGUCAGCGACCAUCCGUAUGAGCCGCAAUUCCAAGCAUUCAUAGACAGCAUCAGACGAAAUGAACCGAUGCCGCUGACCGACUUUGACACGGCGUUUGAAACGCAUCGCGUUGUCUUUGCCUCUGAUAUGUCGGCAGAAGCAAGCGGCAAAACUGUUAAACUGUCCGAACUCGAUUAA